UCCCUGUUUCUCUUAUAAAACAUAUGACAAAUCCCCCGAUGUGGAUGAAUUCUAAUAAAGAAUCCUACUAAAAUCAUACUUAUAAAUGUCACAAUUAUUCAGAAAGAUUGCAUAAGUUAUUGCAGUCAUCUUUAAGGGCACUAACAAAUCGCACCGCUUUAUAACAAUGAACUUUGAAGGUAAGGUGGUGCUUAUUACCGGUGCAAGUUCUGGAAUUGGCGCUGGCACCGCCGUUAAAUUUGCUGAACUGGGCGCUUUACUUGUUCUGAACGGGCGCAAUGAGGAAAACUUGAAAGCUGUUGCAAAAAAAUGUGCUGAUGUAGGAAAGGAGCCACAUAUCGUAGUGGCAGAUAUCUCGAAAGAAGCUGAUACAGAGCGUCUUUGGCAAGAAACAUUGAAUAGAUACAAUAAACUUGAUGUGCUAGUUAACAAUGCUGGCAUAAUUGAAAUAGGCAGUAUUGAAAACACUAGCCUACCCCAAUAUGAUAGAGUGAUGAAUACAAAUUUACGUGCAGUGUAUCAUUUAACAAUGUUGGCUGUACCGGAAUUGAUAAAAUCUAAGGGUAAUAUUGUAAAUGUGUCAAGUGUAAAUGGCAUACGUUCUUUCCCCGGUGUAUUGGCUUACAAUAUAUCUAAAAUGGGUUUAGACCAAUUCACUCGUUGUAUUGCUCUAGAAUUGGCUUCAAAAGGUGUACGUGCAAACUGUGUUAAUCCAGGCGUUGUUGUCACAAACAUACAUACGCGUGGUGGAAUGGAUGAAGAGACAUAUAAAAAGUUCUUGGAACAUUCUAAAACUACACACGCUCUUGGGCGGCCAGGUACCGUUGAGGAGGUUGCAAAUGCAAUCACUUUUUUGGCUAGUGACUUGGCUACCUUUACUACUGGAACUAGUUUGUCGGUAGAUGGUGGUCGCCAUGCCAUGUGUCCACGGUGAUGUGAAAGGACACAGCAAAAAAAGAAAUGAUUGUUUUUUAAAUUUAUUUUAAUUUGAUUUUUAUUCUAAGGGUCUUGAUAUAAACUAAUUAAUAAAAUUAAACUAUGUA